GAAAGAGAAGCCAUAGUUGGCCAGCCGCUUAGGAGCAUCAACCUCCACUGUGCUACGGCGCUGCUGAGAUGGUUGUCUUCCUGCUGCUCCUCUGUCUUCCCUUCAUCCUCUACCUGGCCACGCCAAAAAUCAGGAAAAUGCUGUCCAGUGGAGUGUGUACAUCUAAUGUCCAGCUUCCCGGGAAGGUGGCCAUAGUCACUGGCGCUAACACAGGCAUUGGGAAAGAGACUGCUAAAGACCUGGCCCAAAGAGGAGCCCGUGUGUAUUUAGCUUGCCGGGAUGUGCAAAAGGGGGAACGGGUGGCCAGCGAGAUCCAGGCCACCACAGGAAACAAUCAGGUCUUGGUACGGAAACUGGACCUAGCUGAUACCAAGUCUAUUCGAGCCUUUGCCAAAGAGUUCUUAGCUGAGGAAAAGCACCUCCACAUUCUCAUCAACAAUGCAGGGGUGAUGAUGUGCCCCUACUCGAAGACGGCAGACGGCUUUGAAAUGCACAUCGGAGUCAACCACUUGGGUCACUUCCUCUUGACUCAUUUGCUGCUAGGGAAACUGAAGGAGUCAGCCCCAUCAAGGGUUGUCAAUGUGUCUUCCCUGGCACAUCAUCUGGGAAGGAUCCACUUCCAUAACCUGCAGGGCGAGAAGUUCUACAGUGCAGGUCUAGCAUAUUGCCACAGCAAACUGGCCAACAUUCUCUUCACUCAGGAACUGGCCAGGAGGCUGAAAGGCUCUGGAGUAUCAACAUAUUCUGUCCACCCUGGCACAGUCAAUUCUGAAUUGGUUCGGUACUCGUCAUUUAUGAGAUGGAUGUGGCAGCUUUUCUCCCUUUUCAUCAAGACCCCUCAACAGGGGGCCCAGACGAGCCUGUACUGCGCCUUAACAGAAGGUCUUGAGAGCCUAAGUGGCAGUCACUUCAGUGAUUGCCAGUUGGCAUGGGUCUCUGGCCAAGCUCGUAAUGAGACAAUAGCCAGGCGGCUGUGGGAUGUCAGCUGUGACCUGCUGGGCCUCCCUAUGGACUGGUAAGUGGUUGUUUGGACUCAAAAGAAGGUUGGAAGAGAUGAUGAUUGUACUUCAAAGUGACCAAAAGCUUGAGCGCAAAGAACAGAACUUUGAGUCUUGCCUGCUUGGCAUCCAUCCAGUUAAAUCUCAGUACACUGCCAGGUUGCUCUAAAUAUCUUGAGUUUGAAUGGACUACUUUGAUCCUGCUCCUGCCAACAUUUCUAGUGGUUUCACAGACGGAGAUAGAGGACCCUUAUAUGACCUACGCAGUUCCUGUUUUCCUUUGGAAACCUAUUCUUCGGAGAAUGGAAGCCCUAGAAGGAUGGUGCAUGGCAGUGCAGAUUAGAUGUAGCUACUCGCAACCAACCUCUCCUUGAAGAGCUUCACUGCAACCUCAGCUGAACCCCAGGAGUCCGGUGACCUGGCCCAACAGCAGGCCAUUGUGGCCCCAAUGAUGGGAUACUUAGAGGAACGUCUUUAGUCAAUCUGGCAGUCUGAACAUUUGCUCAUGAAAUACUUUCCCAUGUCCGGACCACAGACGAGCUUUCUUCUCUAAGAAGUUUGUGGAUUUGAUGGGCAGAAAUAAAAAUAAAGCUAAAGUGUCAUUUCCUACUGUUUCUCAGCCCAGUAAGGAGGUCACGAAGCCUUAUGAGAAGCUGGCUUCAGCUACUGACCCCCAGACCCAUGGAGACCUCUGUUUUGUGCCGUUGUUUCUCUUAGGCAAUGAGAAAAGGAAAGACCUUUUCCUCGUCACUGUUGAUCCUUGUGCAUCUUCUUGUGUGUUCAUGAAGUUGAGAGUAUUUCCACACAAUUCACGGCAGCUUCAAAGGAAAACUCCUAAAUCAGUAUAGUUUAGACAAUUACCAGAGUGGAGCAAACCCAGGUGGAGUCUUUGCUAUUAAUGAGUACGGCUGCAAAGAGAAGGAGCCGCUGUGCAUGAAGUAAUCAGUCAAUCAGUCAUGGAGAAGCACAUGUGCAGCAGGGAACAGUGUUAGAAAAAGAGAAUCCUG